AUGUCUCUAAAAUUCGAUUGUAGUCGCGUUAGAAAAACAAAUUUGAUAGUUAUCUUCUGUACCUUACUUUUAGUAUGUUUUAAAUUUUGUCUUUCCUAUGAAGAACGGAAAGGCUCAUGUGGAAACGUGGUUGUACAGAGAGGUCGAAACAAGCCAGGAUUCCAUAGGUAAAUUUGUGCUUACUGAUUUGUGCUCUAUCUGCUCAAACUGUGAACUAUGCAUGCCUCCUACUGACUUUGCUGCUUACAUACUCGACGUGAUCUUUCCAAGAAAGGUUCUAAUCUAAAACAACACCUAAAUAGCUAAAUUUAGCUACUCUCUCUAAAGUCUUUCCGUAUAACUGUAUACAAAAAUUUGGUGAUUUGGCAAGAUUCUUAAUAAUAGGUUCAAUUGGCCCCCAGCUAUCAUCAACUAUCAUUGACUAUCGCGCGCUUUGAAUGUGUUUAAGUAUCACAUGAUAGUUGUUUAAAAUUUUUCCCUUUCGUGUUUUACCUGAUGGGCUCAGCAUGACCUUUAGCGCACAAAAUGGCAGAAAAGAAAGAUGGAGCAGUGUUGUUAAGUGCAGAGGGAAUAUUAAGCAAGUCAGGUAAUGAGACACGUCAAAUUACUAAAAAAGACAGGAAUGCAGAAAUAUGGAGCUAAAAACAAAUUAAAUAAAUAUCAAAAAUAAUCAUUAUCCUCCCCAGAAAGUCAACAAAGUUGACGAGAAAAACAGCUCUCCUUUUUCUACAAAAAAGCCAUGAUCAAGCUGAGUUUAGGCUAUUUGAUCAACGUGACCCUAAGUGGAUAUUAUGACAUCUGUUAACAUUUUCCUAAACACGAAGCUUGGGGACGAGGACUAGAGCUCCCAAGAGCAAACAAGGAAUUUCCGGUUCUGACUGUCAUGAACUCUUGUACACUAUCUUGAUCCAUUUGAUAGCAAAUUAGUCAUAGUGAAUGAUAGUUCAAACUAUCAUUGGCUUUCAUGAACUAUAUAUCAUGAUGUUUGUUCCCUGCAUUAGGGACCUUACUACCUAUGUGGAGUGGACAGUUUCAGGCAGCAGUCAUUCUGAUCUUCAGGAUUGCCAGCUAUUGUUAGUGGAAUACUUUCCAAGUGGUGUUUAUGUGGAUCCAGAUCAGAUCAAGAAUGAAGAGGAGUUUGGUGGUCCUGAGGUCAGAACUAGCUCAAAACAUUUCUAACAACUAAUGAAAAUUACUAUUAAAAAUCAUUUAUCAGUUAUUAAUAAUCUAACUUGUUUUAAUUUGGAAGCCUAUAUUUUGAUUUUCUACUGGUGUUGGGGUCAUGGUGAGGUUGCUUGUUAUAUAUAAUAAUCAUAAUAAAUUAUUUUUCAGGUUUUAAUCACAGAGGCUAUAAAUACUGAGGUGAUGGCACAUCAUUCCUCUCCACACAAGGUCUUUUUAUUUCCUAAAGCAGUGGUGAACUCAAGGUGGGUCAUGAGUUGACUCAUUGGCUACUGAUUGCCGUAUGUCCUUAAGCCAUAAUCUCCAGUUUCUUUAUGAGUGUUUAAAUUAGAGGGUGGGUGAGUUGGGGUGGCAGGGAAAUCUUGCACUCUCAGAUUGUUUUAUCCUUAUCUUGGUAAAACCCAAUAUCUCUACCUUAGUUAUAAAUAAAAAAGGGUCAAUUACCCCAUAGCAAAUGAAAAAAAUAUCGUGAUGCAAAAUUACCCAGGUUAAAAAAUUGUACCUAGUGAAAAAUUAGAUCUACCUAAGAAAAAAAAUUACCUGCAACAGAGAUAUUUUUUUUCCUUAGUUAAUCUUAGCAAGUCGAAUGUAUCUUAUUUUUUAGAAAUUAAUUUCUACAACCGUUAUAUAUUCUCUUUAAUAACUCAAAUGUUUUUUUAUUUUUAGAAUUACAAUUAUUGUAAAGCGCCAUUGAGCUCACAGAAAUGGUGCUAUAUAAAUUCUUGUAUUAUUAUUGUUAUUAAAAAAUCUAGGGUAGAAUAGUCUUAUUCUAAAUGUAAAGAAGCUCCUCACAGUGAAAGACACAAGCAGGACCCCACAGAGGGAGGGGCUGGGGGCCAGGUCCCCCCCCCCACCCCAUUUUUGAAAAAUAAUAAAACAAUGAAGUAAUAGAGAAAAACAGUAUUUUUGCUGGAAUAAGAAUAUCCAGAAAUAUACAGAGGACAUCAAUAGUUAUCAUUGUUUUCAUUUUUUGUGCAUAGACUGGGAUCCAUUUAUGUGAAUAUUAGCAUACCAAUUCAUCUGAGGUACCACAAAGCUGCUAAAAAAGAAAAAUUUGUCCCUGUUUCACUGUCCCCUCCAACAAUUCUUGGAAAAUGUAAUCAUGGUAAGUGUAUUAUUAUAAUCUAAAAAGUUGCUUUCUAUUGCUUUCUAUGUAGUGAAGAACCUAUGACUGUGCAAUGUGUGCCUGAAGAAUGCAUUCUGAGAACAGCCUGGAGAAUUUUUAUAUUUUGGAUAUUGGGCUUAAAGGGUAAACACAAGUCUAAAACCCAAUAAUUUGGGUUGGAACUUAACCUUUCAACUUUGAAGAGACCUCACUACUUUCAUUAUAAUUCCAGUGAUUUUAUUUCUGCAUUCUGUACUACAGGAAUGGACAAUUUUGCAACAUGGUGUGCAGGUGAAAUGAUCAAGGCUCCUUGUAGUGCAAGAAAAUCAUCCAGAUACUGCAACUGGAUCACACUUACUCAAGUUAAUGAGGUAUUUUUUUUAUUAUGAUGAGCAUUAUUUCAAUAACUAUUAUCAUAUUUAAAGCGAGAUGCACAGGUGUGUGCGCAUGAGGAUGUGGAUUAUUAUUUUCAUAAGCCCAUUCUUCCCCAUUCAGUAAUCUGCUUAUACAUGUACAUGUUAGCCCUGGUUCCUGUAAUUUAAACAGACUAUGGAGGUGACUCAAAACACUUUCCCUGAUUUCCAAUUCGAACAUUGCUUUCACGCUGGUAGUAAACACUUUUUCUCUUGGCAUUAUAGUAAAUGAAUGCAGCAAUGCUUAACAUACCCUUUAAGCCCCAAUAUCCAAAUACAAAUUCUCUGCACUAGUAUCCAUAAAUUGCCUUAUAGAAUCAGUUGAGAGAACUUGAUAAAAGAUCAAAGCAUUUCUCCUUUGUUCAUCAUUUUCUUAAUUCUCCCAACCUUUUCUCUUGAUGAUGUAUUGAUAUUGUUUGGAGAAAAUUGAUGUUGGUCACCCUGGGACUGAAAGGGUUAAGGUGACCAUCCCCUUCCACUUUGAACGCAAGAUACAUGAAAUAGAUUAAAAGUGGGAAGUCAAACGUGCCCACUAGUGAGAUAUGGAUGGAAAGUUCCAAAAAAAGGUUUUUUUCAAGAUCUGCGUUUCCACCACAACACCGUGACACCAUUGCCGUUUUGACAUUUCAAACUCUUGCACUUUAUAAAUUCUUGAAGAAAUUUAGAGGGGAGGUCAAACUACCAUGUAUUAUUAAGUCUAACAAUAGACCUUGGAGAUUAAGGAAGAAACUGUUAGGGCAGAAGGCUCAGAAAAUUUCCCUUUAACUUUUCCGCAACACUUUAUCAUACCUACACCAUUCUUAUCCAUGACCGACGACAUUUAUCCUCAACUCUCCAAAUUUGAUCUAUCCCUUUGAAAAAAAGUUCAACUGUUAUGUCAAAAUCUUAUAAAAUUCUGUACUGAUGUUGUGUCACGACCAAUCAGAAGCACUGACGCGUUAUCAAUGUGGACUUUCUUUGCUCGUUUCUCAGACGUCAUUUCGCGGGGAAACCAGGGGUGGCGUCUCGAAAUGUUGUCUGUUUUUCCCAGGCUAGUGUUUUUCUGACGAUACUGAUUUCUUAGAACAUUAUGUUGGUAUUGUUAUUAAGAAUUUUUGUCGUAUGUUAUGUAGGAGAAUCUCCUUGUUUUUCAAGUGCCUGUUGGACAAACUGAACACACCUUGCUCAUCACCAUUCUGACUGUUUUCUCAGCCAUAGCUGGAAGCAGUCUCCUAGUUUGGAACUCUUCGCUGAGCUCAUGUUGA